UGAUCUAGGGUCCGAUCGUUGUGAUAUCCAAACAAUUUUCCCCACGCUUCAAUCUUUUAUAUGUCAUAUGUACGGACUGAAGAAACUCGCUGAUGUCAACGAAGCUCGAUUUGACAUUUUUAAUAAAACGUACAAGGUGCACGACACAUCGAAGCCGUUCUCGUUGGACGUACGCAACUACGACGCUUGCAAUUUACCCCCAUGCCAGUCAGAGCUGUACCAACAUUGCCUCAGAACUCGGUACAUCGCCAAUUUGUGGAGGAAUGCGCACAAAUCAGACAUCACUGACCUUGCACCAACCUAUCAUGGAUGGAAUGAAAAUAAUAAUAAAUUAGAGUUCACGUGGUUUAUCGGGAAUCAAUUGCCCGAUGCGUAUGAAAAUGUUGUGGCAUCGCCGGAUAUUCUGGGCAACGAGAAUGACACUGAGGACAGCAAUGACGAGACGCUUGAUUCAGGCACUCAGCAGGGAAGCAUUGUGGAUUACGGAGCCACAAUAUGAAAGUUCUAGUGAAGAAGAAGAUGAAUUGUAUUGAGCAAAAAUGUAAAGAUCCUACGUAAUAAAUACAAUUAUAAUACAAUUUUUAUAUCAUUUCAUUUUUUUUUUACAAUAAAUAAUACAAUUCGUACUACAUUUCAUCUACAUUUACGUUGGCUGUAUCUAUGGCUUUAUUGUUAUUCUUUUCCCCGUUUUAUCAAGGAGUAAGAAAGGAAAAAAAGAAACCCAAAAACCUUUUUCGGUCAGAUUAAG